UAGGCUACAUGUUUAAAAAAUCUGAGAGAGAAGAACAGAGCAAAACUGCACAAGAAGAACAUUUUGGGAAAUGUCCUUAAAGGAAUAUUUAUAGAAAAUUUCUUCUUCAUACAAGAAACAUCUCUUUGUUUAUUCCAAGAUUGUAUUCAAAGCUCAAGAAAUAUAACAAACCAAGAGUCCUGAAAACUUGUUGGUACAAGAUUUUCCUGGAACAUACAACAGGACCAGGGGGUUCAAAUUGUUGGAUUAUGCUUGUGCAACAAAGGAUCAGAAGAUGAGAGGGUUUACAGCCCUGGUUGUGCUACUGCAUUCAUUAGUUUUAUUUACUGGGAAAAGCUCAGCGCAACAGCAAGCAAGGUGUGAAAAUAUCUAUGACUCGGACAUUGUAUUUGUUGUGGAUGGAUCAUCCAGCAUCGGAAGGCCAAACUUUCGUAUGAUCAUUUCCUUUAUGGAAGGUCUGGUCAUCCCGUUUGUAAACAUUGUCAGCGAGGAUGGUGUGCGCUUUGGAGUUGUGCAGUACAGCGAUGAGCCCAGAACAGAGUUUACAUUUACCCAACACCGUAAUGGGACAGAGGUGAUGCGCGCCAUCAGAAGCCUCAGCUACAAAGGGGGAAAUACCCGGACCGGAUCAGGGCUCAGAUACAUCCUGGAUUAUUUCUUUGGUCCCACCGUGGUCCGGCCCGUUCCUAAGGUUGCUAUUCUCAUAACAGAUGGAAAAUCUCAGGAUGAUGUAGAUGAACCAUCAGAGAAACUAAAACUUCAAGGAAUUAAAGUAUUUGCUGUGGGAAUAAAGAAUGCAGACAGCCAGGAGCUCGCCAGGGUGGCCUCCACACCAACAGAUGACUACCUCUUCUACGUUAACGACUUUAAGAUCCUUGGCACCCUACUCCCUCUAGUGUCUCGGAAAGUGUGUGUCAGUACGGGUGGAAUAUAUAGACCAGUGGAAACCUCAGAAACCUACACAGGACCCUCCAACCUGAUAUUCUCUGACGAGACAUCCAACUCAAUGCGAAUACGAUGGACGGCAGCUACCGGCCCUGUUACUGGUUAUAAGGUUCUUUACGUCCCUCUCACCAGCCUGGGGCAGCAGAUAUCAGCAGAGUUAAAAGAGAUAACCCUGAGUACAGGGCAGAAAGCUGCCUUGUUACAAGGCUUGAGACCUGGCACCGAAUACGCCAUCACUGUAACCGCUCUUUACGCCAACAACAUUGGAGAGUCAGUGUCUGGCCGUGGGAAAACCCAGAGUGGCCUUGGCAUUGCCAAUUUCCGAGUGUCAGAGGCGGGACCUUCUUUUCUAAGGCUGGCCUGGUCAGUUGUUGGUUCCGAGUCCCCGAGGGGCUACAGACUCACACAUACUACUAGAGGAGAUGGAAGGACGACGGAGAAGACUCUAAGUGGCAGCGCUUUAUCAGACACCCUGAGUGACCUGAGACCCAACACUGAAUAUACCCUGACCCUCACCCCUCAAUACCAGCGGCAGACUGGCACCCCUACCACCAUUACUGGGCGCACUCAGAAUAUUGAAGCUCUUUCGGAGCUGUCUGUGCAGAAUAUCUCAUCCCAGAGUAUGACCAUCACGUGGAGGCGUGUCGCUGGGGCCACCGGCUAUCGUGUCUCUUGGGGAUCACAAUCAGGCGAGGACAUAAAGGAUUUUGAUGUAGAUGCCGACAAGAAUUCAUAUUUCAUACAAAACCUUUUGCCGAACACAGAGUACACCAUAUCUGUAAGCGCCUUAUAUGGAGCCAAUGAAGGACCCGCCGCUUCAACCAGAGUGAGAACAGAAUCAGGAAUAGUGCAAGUACUGAAAACCUUCGCCAGCAGCCCCAAUACAAUCCAGUUGACGUGGAACAUUAUCCCAGAAGCCACAGGCUAUCGACUGGAAUGGAGAAGAGUUAGGGGUGGCGGUAAGGCCCCCCAGAUAGUGAGAUUAUCGUCCACAACCAAUAAAUAUGAGAUCACUGGCCUGCGCCCCAGAACCGAGUAUCGGAUAACCCUCUUCACUCUGUAUGACGGCAGAGAGGUGGCAACACCAGCGACUACUUCUCAGACAGAGAUUGAGGCGCCUAUUGGAGCGAUCACAGACCUGCAAGUAUCACGUGUCGGGGACGGAAGAAUCCGUUUCACAUGGACUCAAGUGCCAGGAGCCACAGAAUACAAGAUUGUGAUCCGUGGACCUGACGGAUCUUCUGAGACAACAAGACGUGUACCAGGAAGCCAAAACUCGAUUGAGUUUGACGACUUGCAGGACGAAGUGACAUAUAUUUUGCUGGCAUCAGCUUUGGUUGGCAGAAAAGAAGGGCCAGUAACGCCUUUCAGAGUCCAAAUCGAACCUCUAGGGAUUGGUUCAGUGACCAACGUGCGUGUGGUAGAUGUGGGGUUAGGACGGAUCCGGCUGACAUGGACUGGAGUAACAGGUGCCACACAGUAUAGACUCAUCAUCCAGAACUCUGAGGAUGGCACUGAAGUGACCAGAGUGAUCCCAGGAGAUCAGACACUUUUUGAGUUGACUGACGUCUUGGGAGGAGUCAACUAUAUAAUAAGACUGACUGCGCUGGUGGGAACUCGAGAGGGGAACCCAUUCAUUGUGAAUGUCAGUACGGAUGACGGAGUUGUAGCGGGUGUCCAAAAUGUUCGUGUUUUGAGAACCAGAACCAACAGCUUGAGAAUCACAUGGACCGGGAUAGCCAAAGCUACAGGGUACAAAGUGACCUGGAGGAGGAGCGAUGGUCGACCUCUCACAAGGACGCUGCCGGCAGACGUGACUGUGUUUGAUAUUGAGGCGUUACAGCCUAACACUGCCUACAUUAUUGGGGUGUCUGCUCUGAUAGGAAGCAGAGAGAGUAGCCCUGUGACGGUCACAGCUCAGACAGAUGAUGACUCUGUGGAUGACGUCACAAACGUGCGAGUUUUAGACACAGGAGAGAACUCUCUGCGCAUCGCAUGGAACCCGGUUCCUAGGGCCACUAGUUACAGGAUCACCUGGAGACGCAAUGAUGGGGUUGAGGUGUCUCAGUUGGUAACUAGCGACUUCACAUCACUUGAUAUCACUGACCUGGUGACAGGAACGCCCUAUACUAUCCUUGUGUCGGCUCUCAUUGGUAACAGGGAAAGCAACCCAGUGACCAUUACUGCCCGGACAGCUCUACAAAACGUUGGAAAAGUAACAAAGUUGGAGGUUCUUGAGAGACAGAAUAUUGUAUUGGUGUCAUGGGUUGGUGUUCAGGGAGCCACAUCAUACAAGAUCUCCUGGAGCCCUGUGGAUGGAGGAUCAGAGCAAACUGCAGAUGUCCCUGGAAAUGUGAAUUCUUAUGAACUGGUGAACUUACAAGCAGGUGUGAGAUACAUAGUGAAAGUCACUGCGUCAAUUGGUAAUCGCCAAGGGGAGCCCUUCAGUGUCAGUGUCACUACUCCUGAUGUUCCCAAAGUGACCACGGUUAGAAAUCUGCGUGUGACAGAGAUUUCAAGGCAAAGCAUCAGACUAAGCUGGGACCCUAUAGAGGGAAGCACAGGAUAUCGGAUCUUCUGGAAGUGGACUGAAGGUGGCGCAGAAAAUAGCCGUGUAGUUGGCGGUAACGUCAGGUUCUAUGAUCUUAGUGGCCUGCAAGUCGGUGGUCGGUAUAGCUUUCGGGUGGUUACAUUGUUUGGAGAUCAGCAAAGUGAGCCAGUGUCAAUAGUGGCCAAUACAGCCUGUGGGACAGGACGGACAGAUGUCGUUUUCUUGGUUCACGCAACUAGGGACAAUGCUUUCAAUGAGGUGGCGGUAAAGGAUUUCCUUUCCAAGGCGGUGUCAUCGAUAGGACAGCUGUCACCUGAUGCCACACAGGUUGGUUUAAGUGCAUACAGCUUCCGAGCACGACCUUGGAUCCUGCUAAAUAGAUCUAGUGACUUUAACUUUGUCUUACAACAAAUACGAAACAUCCCAUUUGAAGAGCCAAGUGGAACCGCUCUUGGUGCUGCUAUUGACUUUGCAAAAAACUACAUGUUUACAUCCAGCUAUGGGAGAAGAACGAAUGUGCCUGGGGUUCUGGUGAUUCUGGCGGAUGGAACCUCAGGAGAUGAUGUGAUUGAGCCAGCGAGGUCCAUUAAGGAGACAGGUAUUAGAGUGCUGGCGGUAGGAAUGAAUGGCGCAGACCAGGAGCAGCUGCGCAGGAUCGUUACCAGCCAGAGUCCACGGAACGUCUUCUUUACCCGGGAUGUGGCAAACCUCAAUAGUCUGGUGGACGGACUGACAAGUGCAAUUUGCACAGUCACUGAACCUGAGACCGAGCCCUGCACAGUUGAGUGCCCGCAGGGUGAAAAGGGUCAGAAAGGAGAAUCUGGAAGCACAGGACGUCCAGGGACAACUGGACCGAAAGGAGAACCGGGACGGAAUGGCAUUGCUGGUCCCCCUGGUCCAGUUGGACCUCGUGGGCCCCCAGGGGAGGGAACAGGUUCCGGAGGACAGAAGGGAGAGACGGGUGAUCCAGGGGCCGAUGGUAUCCCAGGAAGUCCUGGCCGGCCAGGAAACCCUGGUACCCCGGGAUUAGCUGGCAGUAAAGGAAUCGAUGGAGAGAGGGGGGAACCCGGGCUACGAGGACCUGCAGGGCCCAUAGGUCCCAAAGGAGAGCCUGGAUUUUCGGGAAUUCCUGGACAACCUGGAACCCCAGGCCAGAGAGGAAUUCCGGGGAACUCUGGACCUCCAGGACCAGAAGGGCCAAGUGGGCCCCCAGGAUCUGCAGGACAGUCUGUGAAGGGAGAUAAAGGAGAACGUGGUGAGAGGGGUCUCCCAGGAUUUGGUGGUGGAGAAGUUGGCAAAGGAGAACCUGGAAGUCCUGGACCACCCGGUGCCACUGGGUCCCCGGGUCCCCGAGGGCCAGCUGGUCUUGCAGGGCAAAAAGGUGAUAAGGGAGAAACUGGGGAAGGAUUUCCAGGUGCAGCAGGACGCCCGGGAGAGCCAGGGGAUCGGGGACCCAGGGGCCCACCUGGUGAACAAGGUGGCAAGGGAGACCGUGGGCAACCAGGACUGGACGGAGAACGUGGUGAGAAGGGUGAGCGUGGCCCCCAGGGAUUCACAGGACUAAAGGGAAAUCCAGGACAAAAUGGCGCCCUAGGACCAGUCGGGCCAUCAGGAUCUCCAGGUGGGAUUGGACCACGAGGUGAAAAGGGAGACCAAGGACUACCAGGGGAACCCGGCAAAUCAGUUUCAGAAGGUCCAGGAAAUAAAGGGGAGAAGGGUGCAGCAGGUCCAGCAGGACCAGAAGGGCCAAAAGGUGCAAGAGGAGAUGCUGGAGAUAAAGGAGAGCGGGGCCCUCCUGGAUAUGGCGUUCCGGGGCCACAGGGUGCAAAAGGAGACAUAGGGGACAGAGGGAACAUGGGCCUCCCUGGAAAGCAAGGGCAGAAGGGAGAGUCUGGUGAAUCAGGACAGAAUGGCGAGCCAGGAAAGUCCGGCCCACCAGGACAGAUUGGUCUUCGGGGAAAAGAAGGAGAGAAAGGCGAUAAGGGAGACGAAGGGACGCCGGGUGAAGCCGGAAUUCCAGGGAAGAAUGGAGAGCGAGGACUAAGGGGUCUUCAAGGCUUACGGGGCAUUGUAGGGGACAAGGGGGACGCAGGAGAUCCAGGGGAAUCUGGAAGCAAUGGGAGCCCAGGAACUCCAGGUACAAAGGGUGAUCGAGGUGACCAAGGUCCACAGGGUCCUCCAGGGCCACCAGGGAGACCAGGCAGCGUAGAAUCUGUUGUUUCUGGAGCAAAAGGGGACAAGGGAGAUCCUGGGGUACCAGGUGAGAAUGGUGGCAAAGGAACGAAGGGUGAAGCUGGUGCAAAUGGAAUUCCAGGAGAGAGGGGAGCAGAAGGACCAAGAGGACCCCCAGGAAUUCGGGGGGACGCUGGCGAUAGAGGAGCUCCAGGUGAAAAGGGAGAUCGUGGUCCGCCCGGCCUGGAUGGAAGAAAUGGCUUAGAUGGAAAACCUGGUCAAGCAGGAACCCCUGGGCAGAGUGGAGAUCCAGGAAAACAAGGUGAACCAGGAAGGGAUGGCCUUCCGGGUGUGAGAGGCGAGCAGGGCCCCCCUGGUCCCACAGGCCCUGCAGGGCCACUAGGACCAUCUGGUAAACCAGGAGCUGAUGGGAAACCUGGACAGAAUGGCAAAAAUGGUGAAGAUGGAACGCCGGGGGAAGAUGGGAGAAAGGGAGACAAAGGUGACACAGGUGCUGUUGGCAAAGAUGGUCGUGAUGGGUCUAAAGGAGCACAAGGGGAUUCAGGUAUUCAAGGUCUACAGGGUCCGCCAGGUGUCCCAGGACUUCCAGGACAAAUUGGCGUCCCAGGACAGGGAUUACCAGGACCCCCAGGCCCGUUGGGAUUAAAGGGUGAACGUGGAGAAGCCGGCCCCAGAGGCGAACAGGGUCGGCCAGGAGAAACAGGACAGAAAGGGGAUCCAGGGACUGCGGCAAAUGUAGAAAAAGCCCUGAACGCCUACGGGAUUAAGGUUUUGGCUUUGAAAGAACUAAUCGAUUCGUACGAUGACAGUUCAGGGGACCGCGGGGAGAAGGGGGCCCCAGGAAAAGAUGGAGCCACAGGGUUUCCUGGAGAGAGAGGGCAGAAAGGUGAAAAGGGAGACCAAGGCCCAACUGGUCCACAAGGCCCUACAGGACGUGCAAUUGGGGAGAGAGGUCCUGAGGGGCCCCCUGGGCAAGCCGGAGAGCCAGGUAAACCGGGCAUCCCUGGAGUCCCUGGGCGAGCAGGAGAAACGGGAGAGCAAGGGAAGUCUGGAGAGAAGGGUGAAAGAGGGGAGAAAGGAGAACGCGGAGACAGUGGUAGAGAAGGCCCCAGGGGCGCUCAAGGACCUCCUGGCCCUAAGGGUGAGAUUAUAGAAGUUAUUGCCACAGGACUGCCAGGCGAGAGAGGAUUAACUGGUGCAAAAGGAGCCAAGGGGGAGUCUGGCAGUGACGGAGAGAAGGGACCAAAGGGAGACAAGGGAACAGAUGGACAGAAAGGAGAGAGAGGAGAGCCAGGUGAAAAGGCCAGAGAUGGAGCACCUGGCGAGCAGGGCAUUAGCGGGCUUCCUGGCCCAGCUGGAAACCCAGGAGAGCCUGGUCAGCAGGGGCCAACGGGUCCUCCGGGCACUCCAGGAAUAAAGGGCAAUCAGGGAGAGCCGGGGCCCAGUGUGCGGGGAUUACCUGGUCCUCAAGGCAUUUCAGGACCCCCUGGUUUACCUGGACCCCCUGGCCUUACAGGGCCCCAAGGCCCACCAGGAGUUGCAGGACAAGCAGGUGAAUCAGGAAAACCUGGUGUCACAGGUAGAGACGGCGUACCAGGCAAGGACGGGGAUCCUGGCCCACCUGGAAAAACGGGUGCUGCAGGUCCCCCGGGCCUCUCUGGAGCUAAAGGUGAGGCCGGAGAAGCAGGAACUCCAGGAGAAUUUGUGGUUGGAGCACCUGGAAUAAAAGGAGAGAAGGGUUCCCCAGGUGACCAAGUGGACAGAUUGCCCGGUGCACCUGGUGAUAAAGGAGACAGAGGAGGACCAGGUCUAAGAGGAGAGAGGGGUGAACCAGGAAGAAAAGGAGAAAUAGGAGACCCUGGAGAAGAUGGAGCAAAGGGAGCCCCUGGUCAAAGGGGUGACAAAGGUGAAACUGGAAUAGGUCUCCCUGGACCAGCAGGACAAGUAGGGCCCCAGGGGUUAAAGGGAGAUCUUGGUUUGCCUGGACCCUCAGGGCCUCCUGGACUGCAAGGAAUUGCCGGGAUACCAGGUCAGCCUGGAGUAAGGGGGGAAGCUGGACAGACAGGUCCUCCAGGGCCACCUGGAGAGAGGGGUUUGAUUGGCUUUCCUGGGAGAGAAGGAAAUCCUGGGCCACAAGGGCCACCUGGACCUUCUGGUGCUACGGGGCCCCCAGGAACAUCAGGAGUGAAGGGAGAUAAGGGCGAUUCAGGAAUUGGGUUGUUGGGUCCUAGAGGUGAAAGAGGUGACCCAGGUCCGAGGGGAGAAGAUGGUCGCCCAGGACUGGAAGGUGAUCGAGGCCCUCCGGGUCCUUCUGGGAACAGAGGAGAUAGAGGAGACAAGGGGGACUCAGGUCCUGUGGGACAAAAAGGAGACAAGGGUGACACAGCCCUCGUUGAGGGACCUCCUGGUAUAAAAGGAAACAAAGGGGAACUGGGGGAUCGAGGCGCUAAAGGUUCAGAAGGAGAGAAAGGGGAUAAAGGAGACCAAGGUCUACAUGGAGAGAAGGGGGUUAAAGGUGAGCAAGGAGACAAAGGUGCAACUGGCUUUCUAGGCCCUCGCGGUCCUGGUGGACAAAAGGGAGAACGUGGAGAGUCGGGUGAACCAGGAGAGCCUGGUCAGCCGGCGAAGGAUGGAAUUCCAGGCACACGGGGAGAGAAGGGAGAUAAUGGGAUGAACGGAAUGAGAGGACUAAAGGGAGACCGUGGCGUGAAAGGACUUUGUGGUCAAGAUGGUGAAAAGGGAGACCGGGGUGAACCAGGCAUCCCUGGUCGUCCUGGACUAUCGGGGAGGAAAGGAGAUUCUGGAGACCCUGGAAUACCUGGACAUCCUGGUCUACCUGGAAAGGAAGGAUUGGUGGGAAAUAAGGGUGACAGAGGUAUGGAAGGUCUUCAAGGCGCAAAAGGCGAUCAAGGAGAAAAAGGAGAUAGAGGUAUCGUUGGAACAAUUGGCCCAUCUGGCCCAAGAGGAGCAGAUGGACUUCUUGGACCUCCAGGUCCACCAGGUCCUGUGGGUCCUAAAGGACCUGAAGGUCUUCAGGGACAGAAGGGUGAGAGAGGUCCUUCUGGAGAGUCAGUAACGGGACCACGAGGGAUCCCUGGAAUACCAGGAGAGAGAGGAGAUCAGGGUAACAUUGGGCUUGAUGGCAACAAAGGAGACAAGGGAGCACCAGGCAUGACGGAGGAUGAAAUUCGAGGCUUUGUCAGACAGGAAAUGAGCCAGCACUGUGGUGAGUUAAAUCCCCCGAUCUUUGUGUUAUGUAGAAGGGUCACUAAUAUGAGGAUAAUGUAG